AUGGCCAAAAACAUUCCUUACAAAGUAUCUUUUGUGCCCAAAAGCAGAGAAGAAGAGGAAGAAGAUGAGAAAAUCUACAACAGAUACAGGGAAAUUGUUGCAACUACACUUCCCACAACAAAAGGUUGGGCAGAUAAACUGAUCUACCAGUACGAAGGCUUCUGGUACUGCCCUGGAAUUGUUGGUGUUGGGCCAUUGGCAGUUCAAGAUCAUUUCAAAGCAUGGCCCAGUGACAUUCUUCUUGCUAGCUUCCCCAAAUGUGGCACAACUUGGCUGAAAUCUCUAGCCUUUGCUGUCAUCAAUCGUGAAACUCAUCCUCCUUCAGCUCAGCAGCAGCACCCUUUGCUCGCAUUCAACUCGCAUGAUCUCGUGCCAAUGCUAGAGAUAAGGCUAUAUAAUGAUAACUUCAAUGGUAACCAAAUUCCUAACCUCGAUAUGCUUCCAUCACCUAGACUGUUUGGCACACACAUGCCUUACACAUCACUACCACAAUCUGUAGCACUUUCAGGCUCCCGCAUUAUUUAUAUUUGUAGGAACACCAAGGAUAACCUAGUGUCUUGGUGGCAUUUUCUCAACAAAAUAAGGACUGAUCUUUCCUUGGAGCCUAUGAAAUUGGAAGAAGUCUUUGAGUUGUUCUGCAAAGGGAUGUCUGCAUCUGGGCCAUUUUGGGGUCAUGUGUUGGGUUAUUGGAAAGAGAGCUUAGAGAGGCCUCAAAAUGUGCUAUUCCUCAAGUAUGACGAGAUGAUGGCUGAACCAGCUCUUCACUUAAAAAGGAUUGCGGAGUUUAUAGGGUGCCCCUUCUCCUCAAUGGAAGAGAAGGAAGGAUUGGUUGAUGAAAUAAUAAAGCUCUGCAGUUUCGAGAAUUUAAGCAAUUUGGCAGUGAAUAAAAAGGGAAGUAGUGAUCAUACUGGUUUUCCUAACAGUGCCUACUUCAGGCAAGGUAAGGUUGGGGAUUCAGCAAAUUACCUCUCACCUGAGAUGAUGGAGGAGCUUGACUGCAUCACAAAGCAAAAAUUGCAUGGUACGGGGUUGACACUCUAA